AUGGGGCCUUCUGGCAGUGGGAAAACAACCUUGUUAAAGAUAUUUGGAGGAAGAUUGCAAGAAAAUGUCAGAGGAACUGUCACAUACAAUGACAUCCCAUAUAAUACAGCUAUCAAUAGGAGACUUCCAAGCAAGAUGAGUCGACGUCAGAAGUAUGAAAGAGCUGAAGUGAUUAUUAAAGAAUUAGGCCUGGAAAGAUGUCGUCACACGAGAAUAGGUGGAGGACUUAUUAAAGGCAUAUCUAGGGGAGAGAGAAAAAGAACUAGCAUGGGGUAUGAAAUCCUUGUUGAUCCUUCUCUCCUCUUGCUCGACGAACCAACUUCAGGCCUUGAUUCGUCCUCCGCAAGGAAGGAACGAGUCGGUUCCNUCGACGAAGGGAGGGAGGUGCGGCGGGGGAAGGAAAACGCUUUCGGAGAUCGAGAUUUUUGUUUCAUCGAAAACGAAGAAGGCUGA